UGGGGAGGCUGGGGGUGGCCAGGGGACCGGCCGAGGCCGAGGGAAACGCUGGAGCUGGUUGGGGACGGGAGGAAGCAGGGCGCGGAUGGUGGGUUGGGGGUUGAGAAAGGAUAAUGACGGGGGUGGCGGAGGCGAGAAGGCGGCCGCCGAGGCCUGAGGGGGGUGUCAGAGGUAGGGAAGGAGGUGGGAGGUUUGCCUGGGGGAGCCGGAGGGUGCUGGAUGUGGGUGUGAAAAGGCUGGGAAGGCACCGAGUCUCUGUCCAUCGUGCCUGGUGCAGUGCUUUAUGCACCGCAGGCCUCAGUCACGGCUGCUGCCAGAGUGUGUUCUUUGGGAGAAGGGAAGGGCAGGGGUUGGCGAAAAGGGGAUCCUUGCAGGAAACAUAGUGGGAGUGGGGACUGGGAGAGAGGCCGCAGGGAGAGAUGCCGGGUAGGUGGAGGAAUGCCGGGGGUGGUUGUGGAGGAGUCUUCAGGAUUCUGGGGGGCUGUUCAUUGUGCAGAAACAGUAGAUAAUUCGUUAUGGGAAGCGUUUCAAAGGAAAGGAAAGAAGAAAUAGAAGGAAUUUCCGUGAAUAGAAAGGGUAGCGUUUGAAGCAAGAGGGAUUGCUAAAUACUAGCGAAUGUGAAAAAAAUGCAUAAUAGAAUAGACAGAUGUAGUAGAAUUAAUAAAUGUUGGCCCAAGGACUUAAGAGUUAUUCCAGAUGGGCCAGGAUGGCCUAGUUCCGAACCUGUUUGGACUCUUUUCUGUAGAUGACAUCUGGAUAGAAGGAGGAAUCAACAGCUGGAAAUACAGCCAAGUGAUCUGACGGGAUGGGCAUUUGCCUGACAUACUUUAUAGAGGAAUUGGAUGGCAUAAGUGAUUAAGGUGGUAUUGAGGGUCUCUGAAGCCUAUGAAAUUCAACCAUGAUUUCUUUUUCAACUCUACAGCAUUCCCUUCCUUGAAGUCUUCAUUUUCACCUUAGUCUGAGGCAGUUAUACUUAAGCAUGAACAUUGACGACAAACUGGAAGGAUUAUUUCUUAAAUGUGGCGGCAUAGACGAAAUGCAGUCUUCCAGGGCAAUGGUUGUAAUGGGUGGAGUAUCUGGCCAGUCUACCGUGUCUGGGGAACUGCAGGAGUCAGUACUUCAAGAUCGGAGUAUGCCUCACCAGGAGAUCCUUGCUGCAGAUGAAGUGUUACAAGAAAGUGAAAUGAGACAGCAGGAUAUGAUACCACAUGAUGAACUCAUGGUCCAUGAGGAGACAGUGAAAAAUGAUGAAGAGCAAAUGGAAACACAUGAAAGACUUCCUCAAGGACUACAGUAUGCACUUAAUGUUCCUAUAAGUGUAAAGCAGGAAAUCACUUUUACUGAUGUAUCUGAGCAACUGAUAAGAGACAAAAAGCAAAUCAGAGAACCAGUAGACUUACAGAAAAAGAAGAAACGGAAACAACGUUCUCCUGCAAAAAUUCUUACAAUAAAUGAGGAUGGAUCACUUGGUUUGAAAACCCCUAAAUCUCACGUUUGUGAGCACUGCAAUGCUGCCUUUAGAACGAACUAUCACUUACAGAGACAUGUCUUCAUUCAUACAGGCGAAAAACCAUUUCAAUGUAGUCAAUGUGACAUGCGUUUCAUACAGAAGUACCUGCUACAGAGACAUGAGAAGAUUCAUACUGGUGAAAAACCAUUUCGCUGUGAUGAAUGUGGCAUGAGAUUCAUACAGAAAUAUCACAUGGAAAGGCACAAGAGAACUCAUAGUGGAGAAAAGCCUUACCAGUGUGAAUACUGUUUACAGUAUUUUUCCAGAACAGAUCGUGUAUUGAAACAUAAACGUAUGUGCCAUGAAAAUAAUGACAAAAAACUAAACAGAUGUGCCAUCAAAGGUGGCCUUCUGACAUCUGAGGAAGAUUCUGGCUUUUCUACAUCACCAAAAGAUAACUCACUGCCAAAAAAGAAAAGGCAGAAAACGGAGAAAAAAUCAUCUGGGAUGGACAAAGAAAGUGCAUUGGAUAAAUCUGACCUGAAGAAAGACAAAAAUGAUUAUUUGCCUCUUUAUUCUUCAAGUACUAAAGUAAAAGAUGAGUAUAUGGUAGCAGAGUAUGCUGUUGAAAUGCCACAUUCUUCUGUUGGGGGAUCACAUUUAGAAGAUGCUUCAGGAGAAAUACAUCCACCUAAGCUGGUUCUCAAAAAAAUUAACAGUAAGAGAAGUCUAAAACAGCCCCUGGAGCAGAAUCAAACAAUUUCACCUUUAUCUACAUAUGAAGACAGCAAAGUUUCAAAAUAUGCUUUUGAACUUGUGGAUAAACAGACUUUAUUGGAUUCAGAAGGCAAUGCUGACAUUGAUCAGGUUGAUAAUUUGCAAGAAGGUCCCAGUAAACCUGUGCAUAGCAGUACUAAUUAUGAUGAUGCCAUGCAGUUUUUGAAGAAGAAGCGCUAUCUUCAAGCAGCAAGUAAUAACAGUAGGGAGUAUGCGCUGAAUGUGGGUACCAUAGCUUCUCAGCCUUCUGUAACACAGGCAGCUGUGGCGAGUGUCAUUGAUGAAAGUACCACAGCUUCCAUAUUAGAUUCACAAGCACUGAAUGUGGAGAUUAAGAGUAAUCAUGACAAAAACGUUAUUCCAGAUGAGGUACUGCAGACUCUAUUGGAUCAUUAUUCCCACAAAGCUAAUGGACAGCAUGAGAUAUCAUUCAGUGUUGCGGACACAGAGGUGACUUCUAGCAUAUCAAUAAAUUCUUCAGAAGUACCUGAAGUCACCCAGUCAGAGAAUGUUGGAUCAAGCUCCCAAGCAUCCUCAUCAGAUAAAGCCAACAUGUUGCAAGAAUACUCCAAGUUUCUGCAGCAGGCUUUGGACAGAACUAGCCAAAAUGAUGCCUAUUUGAAUAGCCCGAGCCUUAACUUUGUGACUGAUAACCAGACCCUUCCAAAUCAGCCAGCAUUCUCUUCCAUAGACAAGCAAGUCUAUGCAGCCAUGCCCAUCAAUAGCUUUCGAUCAGGAAUGAAUUCUCCACUAAGAACAACUCCAGAUAAGUCCCACUUUGGACUAAUAGUUGGUGAUUCACAGCACUCAUUUCCCUUUUCAGGUGAUGAGACAAACCAUGCUUCUGCCACAUCAACACAGGACUUUUUGGAUCAAGUGACUUCUCAGAAGAAAGCUGAGGCUCAGCCUGUCCACCAAGCUUACCAAAUGAGCUCCUUUGAACAGCCCUUCCGUGCUCCAUAUCAUGGAUCAAGAGCUGGAAUAGCUACUCAAUUUAGCACUGCCAAUGGACAGGUGAACCUUCGGGGACCAGGGACAAGUGCUGAAUUUCCAGAAUUUCCCUUGGUGAAUGUAAAUGAUAAUAGAGCUGGGAUGACAUCUUCACCUGAUGCCACAACUGGCCAGACUUUUGGCUAAAAAAAAAAAAUGUGUAAAUAAUACUGGCACUUUAGAACAGAUUAAUCAAGAGUGGGGUUACUCUGUGUAAAAUGGAGUGCUGUACAGAUUUAAGAGCAAUGCGUUAUAACAAGUUAAGCUGAUAUGAAUAGCAAGAUAAUCCAAUAACUGCAUUUUGUUUGGUUAGUCAGCAUUCUUUGAACUGCCUUACAUGUUGUCACCUUUAUAGAAGCAAUGCAUAACUUGUUUUAGAUCAGAAACUUGCUAUUCCACCUACACAAAGUUUAAAAGGAAAAAAAAAAAAGACUCGCACAAUUGUUUCCUAACUGAUAACAUUGUACAUUCUUAGGAGAUUAGUAAUUGUGUGAAAUUUACUCAUACUGUUUCUAAGUUUUUCAGCAUAGUCAUUGCACUUCAGCAGGGAAUCUGAGUAUACUUUACAGACAGAGUGAACUUAAAAGUUUAAAUGUCAAGAGAUUAUGGCUUAAAUAAAUUAGUGUGUCCUAUAGGGGGGAAAAAGAAACCACAUCUUUAAAAGAAUGAUAUGCCAUAUACCCUUGAUUUUAAUUUUGCGUUAUAUUGACAUGUUUUUUUUUUUUUUGAGAAAAAAAGUAAUAAAAAUCUGAUAGUCUAAGACUCCACUAUUUAAAAGCCUAAUUACUUUUAAAAUAUGCAUACUUUCAAAACUUUUACCAAAAUAACUGUUGAAGCAUCCACUUCUCUGGAAGUAUGCAUAUUGGUGUCAGUUUCUUUGUACAGUGUACGUAGAUAUUUUUUAUGAUUUUUCAUGUGCAGGUAUCAAGGUUGAAAUUUUAGUAAAAAAAAAUAUUCUGUAGAUUACAUUCCCAAGAACAUAAUGCUUACACAAAAUGUAUAUUCCACGUUUUAAAGCUUAAUUGUAUUUUACUUUACAUAUACACUUCAGUUAACAUAGAGCACUUAGAAUCUAUUUGGUAUUUUUGAUUUCUCAAAGUAAAAAAGAAUUUAGAUUUUUAGGUUUGAUAUGGUUGUGUCAUAAUCAUCUCAUAAUUGACUUAAUUUUUGGCAAUAAAAGGAAAUUGGGUAUCUUUGGAACUGUAAAACCUGGUUUAAUCUCUUUCUAGAAUCUUAAUAGAUUGGAUAAUUAAACAGUAUCCAGAGAACUAAAGAAAUGGGCAUUUAAAUUGCUUAUUUUAUCUUGAGUUACUUUUUAAUGAACACGGCUCAUUACAAUUUUACAAACCAAAAGUGUUUACUAAUUCUAGUAACUACAAUUUCUUUUUCAGCUAGAUGAGUGAUCGGAGACUUUUUGUUGCAUUUCAAAAUCUAAAUAAACUACAGACUUUAUCCUUAUACCACGAAUGUUUUUUUUUAAUACUUGUCUUAAAAUAAU